AGAAAAGAGACACGUAGGACGGUCGUCUGGUUGAAAACUUUUACUCUUCACUGAUUUCUCUUCUAACAACAUUAAAAUGUCAAAUGAUAGGAGAAUUGUCAUCCUGGGAAAAACUGGAAGUGGGAAAAGCAGCCUGGCUAACACCAUAUUUGGAGAUGAAUCGUUCAAGCCCGGCAGCACUGCCAACUCUGAAACUAGUAAAUGUGGAGCCAUAAUAAAAUCUGUCAAUGAAAGAAACAUCACUUUGAUCGACACUCCUGGUUUCUUCGACACAGAUCAAUCUCAGAAGAUGAAGUCUGGAAUAGUGAGGUGCAUCACAGAGUGCGCUCCUGGGCCUCAUGCUUUUCUCAUUGUGCUUAAAGUGGAGAGAUUCACAGAGCAUGAGCAGGCUGUCAUCGCUAAAAUAAAACAAUACUUUUCUGAAGAAGUUCUCAAGUUUGCGACAGUUCUCUUUACUCAUGGUGACCAGCUCGAGGAAGGACAGACCAUUGAGGACUUUGUCCGUGGUAAUGAGCUUCUGAGUGAUCUGGUGAAGAAGUGCGGAGGCCGCUGCCAUGUCGUUGAUAAUAAAUACUGGAAGAACAACGAGCAGGAUGAAUACAGGAACAACCAGUUCCAAGUGAAGGAGCUGCUCAAAACAAUAGAAAAGAUAACUGAGGCAAACAGAGGAAGCUGCUACACCAAUGAGAUGCUCCAAGUAGUGGAGGAAGAAAUAAAACAGGAGGUUAGUAAGUCACCAGGAAACAUGUCAGAGAUCAGAGAGAAGGCUAAAGACAGAGUAUAUGAGAGGCUUUGGAUCAAACUGGCAGGUAUCACAAUAGGUACAUUGUUAGGGGCUGUUUUUGGUGUAGUAGUGAUGGUCAAACUAGUUGUCUCAGCUUUAGAGGCAGGGAGUUCUUUAGCCAGAAUAUCAGCAUAUGUAUCAGGAACAGCAGCAACAGGAACAGGAACAGCAGCAGGAACAGCAGCAGGAACAGGAACAGCAGCAGGAACAGCAACAGGAACAGGAACAGCAGCAGGAGUAGCCACUACAAAGUCUUUAAUCGUGGCAUCUGGCAUAGUGGGAGCAGUGUUAGGAGGUGUUGCAGGAUAUUAUGCAGCUGAGGGAGCAGACACAGUAUCGGAAGCAGCAGAGAGGGCAGCAAAGAUUGUUAAGGAAGGAAGCAAAUCUAUUGUGGAUGGAGUGAAAUCUAUUUUGAGUUAAAAAAACAGAGUUUAAACCUGUAAUUAGCUUUGAUUCUUCAAGAGUAUGAUUAAAACGUCAUAUCUCUGAAUAAAUUGCAUGGAAAUCUUGUUCUAAACAAUAUUUAACCACUGAUAUUAAAAUGUUUAUUCAGAAGUAAUAUGUAAUAGAUUGUAGUGCUGUCAUCACUCAAAUAAACCCCUACUUUGCAGGAAGUUAUCACACAAAUAUUUAAACAUUUCUCUGAAGAAGCUUUGAAAUAUACCAUAGUUAUCUUUACUCAUGGUGGCCAGCUCUCAGAGAAUAUGAAGAUCGAGCAGUGGGUCAACCACAAUGCAUAUCUGAGGGCUCUGGUGAAGAACUGUGGAGGCCGGUGCCACGUCUUUGAUAAUAGAAAAUGGAAGAACAACCAGCAAGAUGAAUACAGGAGCAAUCAGUUCCAAGUGAAAGAGCUGCUCAAAACAAUAGAUAAAAUGAUUGAGGCAAACAAAGGAAGCUGGUACACCCGUGAGAAACAACAACCUCAUGGGG